AAAGCUCGAACAGUUCGCCGUGGACUCGUGCGGGGUACGGACGAUUAUUUUAUUCCGUUCUGAGUAAUGAUUUCUUGUUGGACAUUAUCAUUGUUGGUAUUGUGUAUCGUCAGACCGUGACUAUUGGUGUCGUAAAGUUUUCUGGGUACUUUAUGAAUUUUGUGAUUUAUGAAAUAUGUUUUUUAAAAGAUACUGCAUUUAAAUUUUGUGGACCAUAUGUGGAUUGUGUUUUUCAGAUUUUCUAUUUUUUUUUACGAAUAAACUGUUUAUUCCGAGAACUCAAUGAUUUUUUACGUGGGCGAAGAGAGAGCAGGAUGUUGACUCACGGCUAUUAUUACGUGGAUUUGGGUAUAGGAGUCUAGAACGACCGGAGCAUAAAUUUCGUCAGGAGAGAUUAAAUGUGAUUUCGAGAAAGUUUGAAAAAUUAUGAAAUUUUCAUGUGGAUAUGGAUAUUUUGAAAAUUUACAUUUAACACGUGACCGUGAAGUUGAAUGAUUGGUGGUUGUGAAAUGUGAUAAGUACCAGAAAUACAAUAGAAAGUGUAAGAAUACUUGUUUUCGUGCUCAAGAAAUACAAUCGAAAUUGAACGAGCUCGACGAUUGUCUAAAAAAAAAUAAAGCAUGAGCAAAGAAAAAAAAUAAAUGUUACAAAUUACACCAAAUCCAAUCGGCGAAUAUAUGAAAAGUUAAAGAAAAACAAAUGGAUUCACCGGUGGAAGAAACUGAACUGGACGUGGGUUCCGCAAGCGACGAGAUCGAAUCCGUCGAGUCGCGAAUAAGACCUGCUCCAAAGCCAUUCACCAUAGAAAGUCUCAUAGGAAACCGUGGACAGACCGGAAGUGCUUCGCGUAAUGCACGCGAAGACGAAAGAAGAUUCGGAAGCAACGAAGAUCUGGACCGCGAGAAAGAACUUCUGUAUCAACAACACUGCCUUGCGACGGCUACCAGUGCGUUGCCAGGUUUUGGAAUGCCCCUGGGUCUUUACAGUGCGUGGUUACCAAUGCGAAUGUACGGCGGAAGUGCGACCGGAAGUGCAAUCUUACCGCCACACUUGUCAGCAAGUUUUCCCUCUCACCAGAAUCAUCAAAAUCAAUUAUCAAGCUUGAACCUAAACCUCAAUCAUCUCCAAGGCUCAGCCUAUCCUGGUCAACACAGUAAUCAACCAGGAACUAACCUAACAGACAGCGAGGAUGACAGAAGUCUAUCACCGGUAUCACCAGUUCAUGAUUUGUCAAAGUCCCAACACGGUUCCGAAAGCGGUCGUGUCUCAGCCGAGAGUGAAGACGAGGGUGGCGGAAACGAAGGUGGUCAGAACACAGCCAGUUCCGGUUCUACAAAUAAUGCAAAUAAAGCACGACGAAGAAGAACAGCCUUCACUUCGGAACAGCUUCUUGAAUUAGAACGUGAAUUUCAUGCAAAGAAAUAUCUCAGUCUUACGGAAAGAUCCCACAUCGCCCACGCAUUGAAGUUGUCUGAGGUCCAGGUGAAGAUAUGGUUCCAGAAUAGACGAGCGAAGUGGAAGCGCGUUAAGGCUGGUUUAACCACUGGUGGUGCUGGUUCUGCUAACCGGCACUCUGGUGGUCAGCACUCGGGAACAGGACCUAGAAUUGUUGUACCAAUACCAGUUCAUGUUAGUCGGCUGGCGGUGCGAUCGCAUCAUCAUCAUUUGGAAAAAUGUCCACAACCAUCACCGUCUGCUGGCUUGAAUCCUGGUUUGUCGGGUAGUCUUGGCAACGGUUUAAACGGACGCUUAACCACUGGCUUAUCUGGUAACACUCAGUUGGGUAGUCUUGCUGGGCUCAGAGCAUUUUCAGCACCUCAGCACAGUAGCACUUCCGAGAAAGAACUUGAUUUGACGAACUAGAGGUUAAUCCAGGCCUGUGUGUAUCCUGAGGAGAAUUAAGUCCAUGAACAAAGGGUGAAACAUGAAUAUAUUCAGAGGCUGGUCGCACCCACGUUCUUACCCGUCCAGAAAAAAAAAGAUUCAUCUCGAUAAUCUCCUGUAAGCGGAUUGGACGAGAAGCAAUUUCAAAAGUGAACGAAGAAAAUACCGAUAUCAUGAAAACAAUAACCGUAUACAUGCGUGAUUAUAGAUUCAGUCACGCCUGUUUUACAAAAUACUUUUCUUUUCGAUAUAAAACAUUUUCUAAUUUUGUACCACGUACGUAUCGAUAUCAUACGAACAUGCUGUCGGAUCAAACUGGGACAAUAGAGAUGCAGGACAUUUUUCAGUAGAAAUAUCAAGAACUAGGUUAGACAAGAGUCGCAUUUGUAAAUAAAAAGAAAAUAGUGAAAAAAUCGAGGAAAGGGGUACGAAGGUAGAUACUGUAAUUUGUUAAAUCAUGCGGACUUAAAAAGAAGCCGAGGAGUGUUAUAUCUAAUUAUAUAUAUAUUAAGGAUCUAAUAUAUUGCUACUUAUUACGUAUUAUAUUCCACAAGCAAAAGGCAUAGUAUCUAUACCAUGCAUCUAUAUGUAUAUACACCAUGUAUAAAAACGCAAUAAAGCAUGU